AUGUGUGUGGUGAGGACUGAAUAUCAUAGUCCCUCUCCCUAUUCUUCCCUCCCUCCCUCCCUCCCUCCCUCCCUCCCUCCCUCCCUCCCUCCCUCCCUCCCUCCCUUCUUUCCUUCCUUCCUUCCUUCCUUCCUUCCUUCCUUCCUUCCUUCCUUCCUUCCUUCCUUCCUUCCUUCCUUCCUUCCUUCCUUCCUUCCUUCCUUCCUUCCUUUUCGGUCUGUGUGGGAUAGGGUGUUGGGGGAAUUUGAGAUCUGUUGGGUCUGGCCAGAGCUCCUUUCUGCAGGAGACUGGGGGAAUAGUGUGGGGGAAUAUCCUGCUGGCUGGCCUCAGUCACAUACCAGAUAUUUGUUCUAG